AUGUUACAAAAAGAUAUAAACAACGAUUCUGGAAUAAAUGAAAGAAUGGAAACUUGUUGUCCAAGUCCAAUGAAGAUAUUUUCACCAGAUUUUAUUUAUAAAAAAAUGCCAUGUCGUUCUGCACUAAAUUUUGGUGAAAAUCUGUCGCAAUUCUCUGGUGGUAACUUUUUCUUAGAGUAUCCUGUACCUCAAUAUCCAAAUAAUGAAAUUUUACCUAGUGGUAUGAAUUCAUUAAUAGAACCAAAACCAUUAAGUUCAUUUUCAUCUCCUGUAGGUGAUUUAGAGAGAACUAUUGCUCAUUAUCGUCGUACUUCAGAUUUUUUGUGGAAUAGUAAUAGUAUUACAUUAUCACCUACACAUUCUGGGUCAUCAGAUGUAUUAUUUUUCGAUAGAAGAGAUAGUCCAGUUAAUUCAGAUAUAUUAAAGACUAAUGGGUCAUUUGAUAAAGUUUUGGGAGGGAGAAGAAGUAUAAGUUUAAUAUUUCCAGUAGGAUCUAGAUUAGAUAGGAUUUCUACUAAUGAUUUUCUUGGUUAUACUCAAUUACCCUCAGAUACUGAACAUAGUGAUAUUACAAUGGGUAUUGAUCAUUUAUCUAAUUCAAAUUCUUUUGAAAAAUUUUUUUCAACAGCUGAUAAUCAUAAAAAAAUGUUAUAA